UAAUAUAGGGGGAGGGUUUAGAAGGCCGGCAAACAUAAAAGGAACACGUGACCAUUUGGGAUAUCAUGUUACAAAAUGCAUCACGUGACAUGAUAUAGUGCAUUGCCGUAGUAGAAACUUAUAGAAGUUAGAGGGAUUUUUUCCAAAAUCGCUUUUUUCUGGCUACAUACAAAGUCAAUGGAGUCGAGUGACAUCGAGUACAUGGAUACGGAGGAGGAGAGUUCUCUGCCGAUUUUUCAAGGCGAUGAAGUGUUUAGUUCGGGUUUUAUAGCCGAUUUUGGGCCAACUCUAGCGAUGCUCGAUAUGGACGUGGAGGAAGUGUUGUUUGAAGUUCAGAAUUCUCAUGAAGAGGUCGAAGGAAAUAAGACAUUUCCUUGCGAAUUUUGCGGGAAAGUUUGCAAGUCAAAGGGGGGACGAACAAAGCACCAGCGAAGUAAGCAUAUCGACGAAUUGGGAGAGAGUUCGACUUCAUCAUCUGUCACCAACGUUGUUAUCACACUAGAAAGAACCAAGUCUAUCAUUAGGGACAUUGGCCGAUAUCUGACGGAUGAGAAACUUUACAAACCCGAGCAAACUGCAGAGGUUUUUAAGCUGGAACCAAGUAAGUCAUUUGUGAAAUUCCUGAAUGACCUCCUUGUAAAGUUUAAAAGAAAAAAGAGCAAGGAUAACUUUCUCAAGGAGAUUUAUGGCAAUACAAAUGCCCAUUGGGAAGAAUAUUUUCAUCUGUAUUUGGACAAGAAGAUAGUGUUUUUGAUGCUGAUUCAUCUGCCAGUGUGUCUGUUGACAUUUGCAGAGAAAGAUACUCAUGGGCAAUCUGAAUCUGAGGUAAUCUGCUUGACUUUGUAUGUUUGA